AUGGUUUCAAGCCGAUUUAUUUCACAUUUCAGCCUCCUCAUCGUCUUGGCACUUGCAGCGAUUGCCACUGGUGCUGCCAUUCCGGCCCGAGAAAGCCGAUCCGAUGAUCUAUCCGGAUGUUCAGACGGUUUUGAAGACAUUUAUGACAAUGUUGAAGACUACGAUGAGCCACCGGUGGACGCGACCUUGGUCACAAUUUCAGUCACCAAAUUUGUCAGCGUUGAGCCUCUUAUGUCACCGUUUGAACCCAUCUCGCCUGAGGAGGACUUCGACGAGGAAAUGACCCCAACAAUUAUCGAAGUGUCAGUCAUAGAAUUGACCGAAAUACCUGAGGAAGAGAACGUUUCACAACGAUUCGACUCGGAUGCAGAAGCGGAGGUAGACGAUGAAAGCCGCCUCUUGGACUGCGACCACGAGUACCUGCCACACGAGUUCAACACUGCGCCGGGUAGUUUGUACGCAUGA